UAAUCAUCAUUGCUAAAUCAUUUCCAAUUGCCUGCAUUUCAAUGCAAGUUUCAUGUGUACAUUUUAAGAUUAUUCUUAAAAUAAAUAAUCCUAAAAUAAAAUCAUAUCGUUUUAUUCUAGAUAGCAAUCCCUCAGAAAUUGAAAAUGUGAUUGCGUCAUCGGAAUUGCUUAACUCUGUCAAGGAGGCUAUUAUAUAUUCAUAAACAUCUAAAAAAAUUUGUAAUGCUUUGAAAGAUGAUGCCCAAUUUCUGAAAAUAAAUAAAAUUCUUAAAAAAUUAUAUUUAUUUACCUUGUUGUGUUUUUUAUUCUUUUGAGAGAUUUUUUGGUUUUUUGCAUUUGAAAUUUGGUAAAAACACCCUGGCGUUUAACUCCAUUCAUAAAAUUAUAUAAUUCAUCUAAAAUUCCCAUAGUUUUUUUAAUUUCAUUCCCAUAUCCACAUAUACGAAUAACAAUUAAAUUAAGCCUAUGAGCAUGGCACCAGACAUAAAUAGCUUUAGGAGCUUCUUUAAAUAUUAAAGCCUGUACUCCCUUAUUAACACUUCUCAUAUUACCAGCACCAUUCAUACUUUGCCCAAUCAGGUAUUCUAGUGGAAGAUGUAAUGCCUUUAAUUUAGUUAGAACAUUAUUUUUAAUAUUUUCUCCUGUUGUGUCAGAAGUUGUAAAAAUAUUAAUGAUUCUUUCUACUGGGUGUGGGUGUGGAUAUUCUUGUAUAUACCUUAUAAUUAAGGCAACACAUUCCUUUUUUGAAAUAUCAUAUGUACCAUCUAAUAUUAAGCUAAAGGCACAAUUUGACAUAAUUUGUUUAAUUAUUUCAUUCAAUAUUUUUAUUAUCUCAGCCAAUUUUUUAACAUGGCCAUAGGAUAUGAAGUUUAUUUGUGGCCUUAAUAUUUUAUUACCACUUUUUCCUCGUAAACUAAUAUUUUUCUCUAGAUAUGCUCUUAAUACUGGAACAUUCUUUGAGAUCAAAGUUAUAAGUCUUGAAAAAUUACCAUCAUGAGAAUUGCUUCCCCAAAAAGCAAUAUUGCCCCGUAUUAAAUACACAAUGGCAUCAAUUAUAUUAUGGAUAAUAUAACGAUUUUGGGUUAUAAUUUCCUCUCGGUUGAAUAAAAUGUGGUCAUCAAUACGCCACCGAGAAAUCCAUGCCAUAUGUGCAUAUUCACAAUCUACAUGAACAGGGGAUGUUUCAUGUCUCUCCAUAUCCCGGACUAAAUUAUUCCAGCUAUCUGCACCUUUAUGAGUCCAUUGCAUGCUUGCUUGAUGACUUCCAAACAUAAUACAGAAGAUACAGAAUACUUUAUCCAAAAUAGAGCUAUAUGAUAGCCAUUUUCUUUGAGAAAAUGAUUUGUCAUAAUUUAUUUUUUUAUAAUAGGCAUCUUUCAUGCUCCUACAUUAAAAGCAAUAUAUGAAUAUAUACAUAAUUCUUGAAUAAUUAAUUAAAGGAUAAGACUGCCCAUUCAGUGACCUUCUUUUUAUAUUCACUGUUAUGCAGGCAUGGCAGAGUCAAGGUUGAUGAAAUUUUUAUAAUAUAAUGAUAUUUAUCAUAUUUAUAGGUCCAAAUCAAUGAUCAGGGACGCGAGUUUGUAAAUCAAGUGAGUAAUGAAUAUCACAAACUCGUGGGAACCCAUCAGAGAGUGACAAGCGCCUACCAUCCUCAGGCUAAUGGCAUGGUAGAGAGAGCUAAUUGUACUCUUCAAAAUUCACUUUUGAAGUGUACAAAAGGCAAUCAGAAGGAUUGGCCUGGAGUUCUCCCUGGUAUUGUAUUUGCCUACAAUACAUCAACGCAUGAAUCCUCAAAAUUCACGCCAUAUGAGAUGAUGUAUGGCAGAAAAGCUCUACUGCCCUGUGAGGAUGAUAGAGAACCAGAUACAGAUCUUGAUGAUCUAUCUGACACUGAUUAUGAAAGCAAUUACAAGAGUACAGCUGACAAUAUGGAAGUCAUAUUCAAGACUGCAACAAAAAAUAUUGCAAAGGCUCAGCUUAAGCAGCAACGAGAUUAUAAAACUCGUAAUGCUGCUAAGAAUGCACUUUAUCACAUAAAUGAUAAAGUGCUUGUAUGGAAUAAUCGUCGAGCUGACAGGAAAGGAGGGAAAAUGUUGCAGCCUUGGGUAGGCCCAUAUACAAUUAUUAAAAUUGUUAAUAGCAAUGUUGAAUUAUCUUCCUUAACGGGAAAAAUUUUACGUAUAAAGACUAACCUCAGUAAUUUAAAACACUAUAUCGAGGGGAACAAAGAAACAGUUAAAAAACCUAAUAAUAUGGUACAUUGUGAAACUAUAGUAGGUGUUCAAGAUCAAGUUUGUAGGCUUCUUAAAACUAUAGUUGGAGAAGGAGAAGAAGAAACACUAUUUGAAGAGAUGUCCUGUGAAAUAAAUGUUGCAGAAGAAACUAAAAUCCUAGGGUUGGAAAUUGGAAAGGAGGACACCAACAUAAUCCAUGUCAAGAGAAAGGAUACAUUUGGUGAAGAUCCAACAAAAGCUUAUAAAAGUAUAGUAAGAGAGGGAGGAUAUGUAGGCAUACAAGAUCAGGAUGACGAAAUUGUUGAUACAAUAAUACCAAAGAAAAUUGGUGAGGUUUUUUUGCCCACAACUAGGAAUUGGAAAGUAUACCACUCUAAACUGUUCAAUUUCAAAGUAAUUGGCCGUUAUCCCAAGAUCGAAAGUGGUAUAUUAAAGGAAAUAUUCACAACCGAUCAUAUUGUGGGUGAUGGAAACUGUUUUUUUAGGUGUAUAAGUCAAGAAAUAUCAAAUAGUCAGGAUAAUUAUAAUUACCUGAGGGAGAAAUGCGUUGCCUUUAUGAGGAGCAACGAUUUCAAAUUGGAAAUGGAAAAAUUCAUAGGAUAUCCUGUAGAAGAAUACCUAAUUGACAGAAAUGUUAUAGGAAAUGGUGUCUGGGCAACAGAGGUGGAAAUAUUAUCUAUGGCCACAUUGUUGCAGACAAAUAUAUUAAUUUAUACCCAAUAUAAGUGGGCUUAUUAUUCACCCAUGAAAUUUUUUAAUAAUAUUAAAAUUUUUAAAGAAAAUAUAUAUUUAUGUAAUGAAAAUAACAAUCAUUUUGUUAGAAUUAUAUCAAUGUAAUUAAUAUUUAUUCUA